AAGAAAAACCCUUCUUCCUCCCCGACGCUCUCAUGGCGACGGCGGCGACUGCGCCCGCCGCCGCCGCCGCCGCCGCCCUCCGCCGCACGCGCCGCCGCAUCCUCCCCUUCUCUCCCCGUCUCCAGAAGCGCUUCGCCUCCUCCUCCUCCUCCUCCUCCUCCUCGGCGUCCUCCCCCCGCGCUUCUUUCCACCGCGCCUUUCGCGUCGUCGAGGAGGGCCGCCCCGAAACCCUAGAGCACAGAUUCUUCUUCUUCCCCGCCGAUCCCUCCGCAAACAGCAGGAUCUCGCCGUGGCACGAUAUCCCCCUCCGCGCGGGGGACGGGGCCCUCCACUGCGUCGUGGAGAUCCCCAGGGGCACCAGGGCGAAGAUGGAGGUGGCGACCACGGAGCGCCAUAACCCGAUCAAGCAGGAUACGAGGAUGGGGAAGCUUCGAUACUACCCGAACAACAUAAAUUGGAAUUAUGGAAUGCUGCCGCAAACAUGGGAAGACCCGUCUUUUGCGAAUACAGAAAUCGAAGGGGCUUUCGGGGAUAAUGAUCCAGUCGAUGUUGUUGAGAUCGGCGGAAUGCGCGUCAAGAUUGGCGAUGUUAUAAAGGUGAAACCCUUAGCAGCAGUAGCUUUGAUUGACGAAGGGGAGCUGGAUUGGAAGAUUGUUGCUAUCUCAUUAGAUCACCCGAGAGCUUCUCUUGUGAAUGAUGCGAACGACGUCGAGAAGCACUUUCCGGGAACUCUUACUGCUAUUAGGGAAUGGUAUAGAGAUUACAAGAUUCCUGAGGGAAAGCCGCCCAACCGAUUCGGUUUCAGCAAUAAGGCGUUAAACAAGGAUUAUGCUCUAGAGGUCAUUACGAAGACAAAUGAAUCAUGGAGAAACUUAGUGGAAGGGUCUGUUCCCUCCGGAGAGCUUUCCUUAGUGUGAGCAUCUGCCCUGCUGGUGCUCACUGCUCAGAAGACCAUCACAUUUUUGUUUUUUCCCAGUUAUUGAUUUAAGCAAGUUGGAAAUAUCACGAGCAAAAGUUUCAUGUGUGUAUUACACUUGUAGUCCUCUACCAUCGUUUAUGGAAACAGCAUUAGUAAUAAGUUAAUAGUAAUAUAUCCUACUAGAUAAUACUUUUAUCACUUGCGAAAUAAAAGGUUUUGAUAGAGAA